GCCCGGCCCCGCCGCUCCGUUCCCGCCAUGGCGCCGUUCGAACCGGCGGCGCUGCCCGAGCUGCUCCCGGUCUUCUACCGGCGGCUCUUCCCGCACGGCCCCUACGGCCGCUGGCUCGGCUACGGCGGCGUGGUGAAGAACUACUUCCAGCUGCGGGAAUUCUCCUUCACGCUGCGGGACGACGUGUACGUGCGGUUCCAGUCCUUCAGCAGCCCCCAGGAGCUGGAGCGGGAGCUGCAGAAGAUCAACCCCUACAAGAUCGACAUCGGGGCCGUCUACUCCCACCGGCCCAACCAGCACAACACGGUGCACUUGGGGGCCUUCCAGCCGCAGGAGAAGGAGCUGGUCUUCGACAUCGACAUGACGGACUACGACGACGUCCGGACGUGCUGCAGCUCGGCCGAUAUCUGCUCCAAGUGCUGGACGCUGAUGACCAUCGCCGUCCGCGUCAUCGACCGCGCACUCACGGAGGACCUGGGCAUGAGGCAUCGCCUGUGGGUGUACUCGGGCCGGAGGGGUGUCCACUGCUGGGUGUGUGACGAUGCGGUGAGGAAAUGGUCCCCAGCGCUGCGGGCGGCCACCGUGGAGUACCUGACCCUGGUGAAGGGCGGAGCAGACACGGUGAAGAAGGUGAACCUCUCCUACCCCGUGCACCCCUUCAUCAGGCGCUCGGUGGCCGUGGUGGAGAAGUACUUCGAGGAGUAUGCGCUGGUGGGGCAGGACAUCCUGGGCAGCCCCGAGAGCUGGGACAAGGUGCUGGCCCUGGUCCCGGAGGAGCACCGCGAGGCGCUGCAGGGCGAGUUCCCGCGCAGGAAGGACUCGGUGCAGCGCUGGGAGGUGCUGCGGGGCCGCAUGGAGCGGACACGGGGCCGCGGGGCCGCCCCGUGCUACGCGGACUGGGAGAUCAUGCUGCAGUUCUGCUUCCCCCGCCUCGACAUCAACGUCAGCAAGGGCGUGGGGCACCUGCUCAAGAGCCCCUUCAGCGUCCACCCCAAAACGGGCCGCAUUUCGGUGCCGCUGGACCUGCAGACACUGGACCAGUUUGACCCGUUCGCUGUCCCCACCAUCACCUCCCUGUGCCACGAGCUGGACACGGCUGGCAGCGAUGGGGAGCAGGAGGACGUCGGGGAGAUGGAGCCGAAGCGCCGGGCGAGGGACUACAAGAGGACAAGCCUGGCUCCCUACGUGAGGGUCUUCGAGCAGUUCGUGGAGGGCAUGGAGAGCGCCCGGCGGGGGGAGCGGCUGCGCCGGAGCGACAUUCAAGGAGACUUCUGAGGCCUCGCUGCCAGGGUCCUGGAUGAAAGGACGGCGAGGGAGCGACGGCCAUUGUCACUUCUGUCCUUGUCAUUGUCACCUCGGCUGCCAGGGGGGUCCCGGUGCCUUGGAGCAGCCGAACUGCACCGCCUCCCUGUUCCUCACUCACAGCCCCUUACACUUUUUGUACUUUUUGUACCUUUUCUACACAAAAACCAUUAAAUGUUUCUGGUCACC